AUGACUGACAGACGGAUUAAUUUUGAAAUUGUUUUAUCUACUUUUGAUUGCUUUCUUUGUCGAUUUUUUCAAUUGAGAGACACUUUUGUUUCGAUUCCUGUAUAGAUUUUCCACGCUUAUGGAUUUUUAUAGUGCUGAUGUCUCCCAAGAAUAUCCUAGGGUUUGGUAAAACCAACCCUCAAUUGACAAAACUGCCUGAUAAUGCAGACUUGCCAAUUUUGAGAUUGGCUUCACUAACAUAAAUUGGCAAAGCUAACCCUGAGAUCUCCUCGGUAGACAUCAGGACUAUAAGAGUCCAUAAACAUUGAGACUAUAUAUAUACAACAAUCCCAAGUAUUCAAUUUUGAGACACUAUAGUCGUUCCUUUCCAUAUAGUAUUUUUAAAUGUAAGGACUUCUGCCUUUGGAAAUUUUUUCAGUUUAAGUUUUCCAGAAAAUUUGGAAAAUGACUUACUUGGCGUGGAAACCCUCAAAGUCCCAUCUAAUCGUCUGAUAGACUUGCAAGCUUCACUAAGGUCUUGAGUCGCUAUUGUAGCCUGAGCACAUUUGAUAGGAUAUUUAAUUCUCAAAUUCCGAUCCCCAAAAAUUUCAUAA